UUCGCAGCUCUCUCUCUCUCUCUCUUACCUAUACAGUAACGCCUUCCACAUUUUGUCUCAUCCAGCUUCCAUAUAUUCCUCUACCUUUUCAAAUUCGAUGAAUUUUUUAUUUGCCUCUGCUUACUUUGCAAUUAAUCACAAUAUCAACUCGUGAGCUUUUUUUUUUUUUGGUUUCACUGUCAUGGUUGAAUUGCAACAAUCAAGCAAAACAGGAUCUCAAAAACCUUGGAUAAUUCUGAUUAUAAACUCAGUAAUUGCAUAUUUCCUGAUUUUGAUGGAUUUUAGUAGGUAAAUCAUGCUGAAACCGAAGGAAUUGCUGAAAGAGGUGUUGAUUUCAGGGUCGGCAAACCCUAGCAGUAAGUGUACUAAAACUGGCCCCAAAACCUUCCACCCUCCAAUUGAAACUCACUGGCAGCUACCGCCGGUGAAAGAGCAACGCCCCCGCGGCAUCAUGAAGCUUCUCUCGCAGCCGUUCAAGUUCCGGUGGAGGAGCCAGAGCCAGAAAUUGCUCCUCGAGGGGACUCAUAAUCCGAAAGACGAUAAAAUUGUCGAUGCGUUUCGCGAAUUGCUCUUUCUCGAGGGUCAUUUAUCGGAGAAGCAUUUGGAUUAUCACACUCUUUUAAGAUUCCUUCGAAUGCGAGACUAUGAUCUGAUGAAAGCUAAAGACAUGUUUGUGCAGUAUGUUAAGUGGCGAGAGGAGAUGCGGAUUGACACAAUUUUACAGGAAUUCAGCUUUGAGGAAUGUGAAGAAGUGAGGAAAUGUUAUCCUCACGGAUAUCAUGGAGUCGACAGAUGUGGGAGGCCGGUUUAUAUUGAGAGAAUCGGAAUGGCUGAUCUUGACAUGUUACUACGAGUAACUACUAUUGAGAGAUUUGUGAAGCAUCACAUAUGUGAGCAGGAGAAGACUCUGAGCUGGAGAUAUCCCGCGUGCUCACUUGCUGCAAAGAAACACAUCGCUUCAACCAUAAGUAUCUUGGAUGUAAAGGAUGUGGGAAUGAACCAUUUUUCAAACCCUGCUAGGUAUCUGUUUAUGGAAAUUCAAAAAAUCGAUAGCUGCUAUUAUCCCGAGACGUUGCAUCUGCUUUUUAUUGUAAAUGCUGGACCAGGAUUUAGGGUGCUUUGGAAAGUAAUCAAAGCGUUUCUUGAUGCCCGCACCUUGGCUAAGAUCAUAGUGUUGGGAUCAGACUACAAAAGAAGCCUAAUUGAAGCUAUUGAUCCAAGUAAUCUCCCGAGUUUCUUGGGCGGUGACUGCACAUUUUGUGACACUGGUGGCUGCCUCUUUAGCGACAAAGGACCUUGGAAUGAUCCUGAAAUCACUGCAACGCUCGAGGCAAUGCUUUAUACCGAGGAGGGGGAGCAGGGGAAGUGUUCGAGCGAAAAGAGUGCCUUUGAUCACAAUCAGAAUUCUGGAUUCGAAGACGCGUCUCCAACAAAUGAGAUCGCCAGAGACUCUAGGAAAUAUGUGGAUGAGCAUUUCUUUCAGAAGCUCCAGGCUUUUGAGCCUAUGAUUCAAGAUGCAAAACAAAAAAUUAAGAUGCUUGAAACUGCAAUGGAAGAUGCCAAGUUGGUCUUAAAAGGACUUUCACAGCAUAUGGAAGAGCUGAAGAGAUGAUAAAACUACCACAAAACAGUUAUUACAUCAGUAAAUGUGAAUACACGCACAUUACUCCGUAAUUAUCGAGGAGAUAAAGAUGCUCGGUAAAUUUUAUUCUCCAAAGCCUUUCUUUUUUAUCGUGAUACAUACACUCAAUUAAAAUUUACUGAAUUUUCACAACGAGACUGAUAUAAUGUGAAAGUGAUAGUUUUAAUUGGAAUAAAAUUGUUGACAGAAAAAUA